ACCAACGAUAUCGACAUAAGCGUAUCUUUGUUCCUGAUAAAGCAUCAUUUCUUCGCUUUUUACGGAAAAGCUAAAUCACACGAAACAAAUAAGAUUAUCGAGUAAAAGGUGUAGAAAAUUACCGUGAACGAGUAUGUGACUGUAAUUUGCAUCACCAAAGUAGGCGUUCAUUGUUUACCCGUUUCUCAGCAUGGCAUUACAUCGAUAACGUAAAUGAAAUAUUUUUCGAUUCCUAUGCUCGGAAGCAAACUUUACACUUUGGUGGAUACACAACGAUGAAGCGCAGACUGCAGGAUCGAUAAAAGAGGAUGACCACGUUGACGGGGUGCGUGGGGUACGGAAAAGGAAAGGAGAAUAACGAACGAGCAGAAGAAGGGAAGUAGAUGACGCGCGUGGUGGGUGCGAGUGGUUCGGGGUGGUGAGUAGAAAGUGGCGAGGGUGGGUGGAACGGGUGGAGUGGGCGGUGGUGGUUAGGCGGUGAGCGUAAAGAGGAUAGGAUAAUAUCGGUGCGCGACCUCCGCGGAUAUCUUCAAGUUCGCCGCUUUAAUACCAGCAGAUCUAUGAUGUAGUGAUGCCGAAGAAAAAUACGAGACAUGCAAGAGAGUUGGAGUUAACGAAAAAUUCUCGUCAUCGAACUAAUAAUCCCGACGUUGCGUCGGAACCGGAAACCAGACACUUUCGCAGCGUCCGCAUCGGUCCUACCAACGGAAAGCGUUGGCUGUCUCUUAAAAAACGUUUAGGUCUGUCAACGGAUGAAGAUGUUGCUGUUUAUUUGCUGGAUUUGGCAGAGUCCACAAACAGACACAGCGGUAAAUGGAACAACGAAGGGAAAAGAGAAACAGAACGAGUCAAGAAAGACAAAAUACAAACGGCUUCGAACAAUGCUCCGGUAGAAAAUUCAGGAGAGUCUGUUCGUCGAAGCUUGAGGAAACAAGGCAGUGGUAUUAUCACGGAGCACGAGACCUCCGUGGACACGGAACCUGCCAGGGUACCGAAACAGUUGGAAACGUACGCGACGUGCGAUUCAAAGUCCAAAUAUCAUAAGAAUAAAGUUAAACAUCGUAAAGACAAACGAAAGAAGAAACGUCAUUUGAAAACGGUCGAUGUAAUUGUAUCCUUAGAAACUGAAAAACCACCAUUGAAGGAUAUAACAUUGGAGGAGGAAGAACAACUUCCCGCCAAGGACAGUAGAUCUAGGCUACUGCAGAAAUACGAAGUCAAGUCAAAUUUGGAAAAUAAGUUUUGCGUCGAAGCUAGAGAAAUUGAACCUAUCGCAACAAAGACUGAACACGUAGGUAACGUAGAAUUUAUAGAUAAUGUAAGUACAGAUAGAAACAUCCUUUAUUCCGACAUAGAAGAUGCGAAUGCGGAGAACGUUGCAUCUGUCGAUACAAAUAAAGAAACAAGAAAAUCAAAUAGUUCUGUAACGUCUGCUGGUAAAAGUAAUUUCAGUGAAUCGCUCGCGGACAAAGUCAUAGAUACACUGAUCGCCAGUUCUGCGGUGCAACCUGAAACGUUCGAGAAAGAUAAAAACGUUUCGAGCAGCUUCCAUUGUGCUGGUCUCGGUAACAAUGAUAACGUAGUCGAUGAUUCGGCUACCUUAAGCGUAGGCUUGACAAACGAAACGGACCUUCGAAAAUUGAAGAAAAGACGAAAACGGUUAAAGUAUGAUACGCACGAGGACGAAGAUGAGAACACGAAGGAAGAUUCGUCGGAGGAUUUUCCAGAAGAUUCUGUGCAUAAACAUAAAAAGAAAAGGCACAAAUACACCGGUGAGCAUAGGAAUCGCAAGCAUUACGAUGUACGGAAAGCACCGCAAGAUGGAAUAGUUGCGCGGAACGAUAAAGACGCUUGCUCUCUAAUAAACGAUGUGUCGGUGAUCGAAGCGCCAAAGCCGCAAAACGAGGGGAACUUUGAUCAUUUAAUGUCCGAACCGCAAAGAUUAGCGAUCAAAAUAAAACUUUGCCAAGAAUGCAAUAAUCGACACUUACAGGAUGCUUGUCCUUUGAUAACGCCGCAGUACGCGAUUCCGGAUUCCAUAUCGCUCGAAGAUUGGUUAAACAGGUACAGAGAAAACGGUGAAAUAUUCAAAUCUAUCAAGUACGACGACCCAAUGUCCGAUGGAUACAGGCAAGUGGCCGAGGAUAACGUCGAGUCGGACGAUGAUUCACCCUCGGCAGACCAUUGUAAAAGGAAAGCGAAAGCUCAGAAAGAAGAGAAACGAUUGACCGUGGAUAACGAUCGACCAUUGUACGCUAGAGACUCUUUGCCCGAUUGUUUGGAAUUAAAAAUCACCAACUCGGAUCAUGGACUUGGAAUAUAUGCGAAAAAUUCAGUCCCGAUGUAUGUGAAACUGGGUCCUCUUGUGGGGCUGCCAGUCAGGGAAAUGGACAUUCCCGAUGAUUUUUCUAUGAGACAUAUUUGGGAGGUAGAUAACAAUGGUAAAACUUGUUACAUAAGCACCACCAAUCCACUGCAAAGUAAUUGGAUUCGUUAUAUCAGACCAGCAGAGACAAAAGAAGAAAGAAGCGUGGCUGUAAUUACGAAGCAAGGAGAAUUGCAUCUAGUUACUACUCAGAAUAUCGUGUCGGGAAUGGAGCUAACGUACUGGGCGGAUUCGCAAUCUUCAGCUUGGACAAGAAAAAAUAAAGUAGACAAAACGAAUUGCGGGGGUUGCAAUUUAAGCUUUUCGCAUCCGAUAUAUUAUCGUCUGCACUGUUGCAUCUUCCACGACACUAACUACAGUCUGACGAUAAGAAAGUAUCAUUGUAAGGUAUGCGGAGCUGCUGUUUUAGGCAAGGACAACAUCAUGAAACACGCGGCUGAGUUGCACGCGGGUCGAGGAGCGUAUCAAUGUCAAUACUGCAAGAAGUUCUUUUUACGGUUAAAUUAUCUCGAGAUGCAUCGAACGUAUGGCUGUGCGCAGAAUCCUCAGCGUUCGAGACCUCUGUGCGACUUUUGUGGACGUAAAUUUUGUCAACCGCAAAAGCUUAAAGUACACAUUAAACGAAUGCAUAGUGACAUGUCCGAGGUCCUUCGAGAGUUUCAGUGUAAACUUUGUUUGAAACUGUUGGGUUCUCGUGCCGCUCUUCAACGUCACAUGAAAGAAGUUCACCAUAAGGAUGUAGUUGGUGCUGCGACUUGCGACAGAUGCGGCAAAAUGUUUCAGAAUAAGAGUAACUUGAAGAUACACAUGUUAACGCACAGCGGGGUAAAACCGUUCAAGUGUAAAGAAAAUAGCUGUAAGGCGGCUUUUACCACGAAGCAGUGCUUACAAUUCCAUUAUAAGAAAGUACAUGGGCUCACAGAGGAGAUGAUGCCGAAGAUCGAACGAUCGGUCGCGUACACUUUCGACGCGUACAGUGGAGGGUUGGUAGAAGAUGUUGGCCGCGGUAAAACUCCCCGACCUGGCAGAAAAAUUCAGCAAGACAACAACAAUAGCGUAACAUUAUUGAACGAAGGAAGUUUGGAAAAGGACUCGAGCAUUGAAGUGUCGCACAAUUCCGCGCAUUCGAAUAUCAUCGAAUUUGGGACGAAUUCUACAGGCAAAUACAGAGUGGAACAUUGUUCACGGGUUUUAAUAUCGUCACCGUCGUCGUCUUCGCCGCCGCCGCCGCCACCAUACGCGGAUGGUGUCAUGGGGACUGCAAAUGAGUUACACAUUAUUGUACAAAGCAUAGGAAAUUUGUUCACGACAUUUCAUGUUUACACAGUAGAGAAAAGUUAG